UUGUGUAAGGAAUCAGAUGAAAUUCUGAUACAUUUCUAAAAGAGAUCAGUCGUGAAGAGCAUACACAUCUCUCUCCAGUUGCUCUGUAGUUAGUGAUAGUUCUUUGCUUUGCGAGGAGAACUUUCAAGAGAUGCUGCUGCCGGCGCAGAUUUUAUAUACAUCAUUUUUGGUAUUAACGUUGAUACAAGUCAACGCUGAGGCGCCUCCUGGCUAUGUAAAAACAGAAGAUUCAGCAGCAAAAGACGCUCCAAAAUACGAAUAUGGGUACAAUAUUCAAGACGAAAAAGGCACUUCGCAUGGAAAAUUAGAAACUAGAGAUGGAAUUUAUGCUCUGGGAAGAUAUUAUGUGCAAAACGUCGAUUCUUCUCAAAACGUUCAAUACUAUGCUGAUGAUUGGGGCUAUCAUCCCUUCAUUGAGUAUAGCAAUGUGGGACCUCACAGUCGAACAAAAACACAACUGUUGUUGGGUGUAGAAGCUGUAAAAGCUCUAGCGUCAAACAAGUUUACUCCAAACUCCCUCCCUGCCAAACAACACGUAACAGAUAUAAUUAACAGCAAAAUUAACAACAGAGACGGAAAACAAGUCGCGGUUCCACAAAAUCACCAACAACAAAACCACCAAACAGUAGUAGAGCUACAACAGCCUCAAGUUGUCAUUGAGCAACCUCAACAAGUCAUCGCACAACAAAACCCCCAAACAGUAGAGCUACAACAACSUCAAGUUGUUAUCGAGCAACCUCAACAAGUHAUCGCACAACAAAACCMCCAUACAGUAGAGCUACAACAACCUCAAGUUGUYAUYGAGCAACCUCAACAAGUYAUCGCACAACAAAACCACCAWACASUAGAGCUACAACAACCUCAAGUUGUCAUYGAGCAACCUCAACAAGUCAUCGCACAACAAAACCACCAAACACUAGAGCUACAACAACCUCAAGUUGUCAUUGAGCAACCUCAACAAGUCAUCGCACAACAAAACCACCAACGAGUAGAGCUACAACAGCCUCAAGAAGUUGUUGUCGAGCAACCUCAACAAGUUAUCGUACAACAUCAACCGCAAGUUGUAGCCCAACGGCCACAACAUGUUUUAAUAGAGCAACCUCAACAAGUUGUGAUACAACAUCAACCGCAAUUUGUAGAUGAACAACAAAACCAGCAAGUUGUAGAGCAACCGCAACAAACACCAGUUGAAAACACUGAUUCGAUUACUGUUGAAGCAAGUAACCGCCAAACGCAGUUAAAUCAACAACAAGAGUUACCUCAAUUGGAACAAGUGUUGAGCGAACAAGAAAUUUCCUUCCAACAGUCUCCAAGUCUUCAAGAGAAAAAUUCUAGGCCUCAAUUAGAACAAAUACAAAUUCGAGAAGGAAUUUCUCAUCAACAAAGUCUUGGAAAUGAUAAACAGAUACAAGAUAAUUUAGUAGUUGAAAAAGAAAGUGGAAAUCAUCGGCGAAUUGUGCAACAAACACAUUCAAAUUUGGGAGGUUUUGGUUCUCAGCUUAAUCUUUUAGGAAGAAUACCAUUAAACAUUAACAGACAGUUUCAACAAACUUCAGGACGGCUCAUUGAAACUACCAAGAAUCUAGUAUCUGGACAAGAUGUUUUAAAUAUAAAUGGAGCUAUAGAUCAAAGUGUAGAAACAAGUAUCGAAAGUAGUACUCUUAGAAAUGUGCUAGAGAAAGACUCGGUUAGAAUAAAUAACUUACUACAAGAACCAAUUGUGGUUGCAGAUGUCGAUAAUGUCGAACAAGUCAAAGAAAACAUAUUUUCAACAACAGCCAAUACUAUUGAAACUGUAUCGACAAAAUCUUUUGGUAUAACAGAACCCUCAACACUUUUGGUAACUCCCAGACCCGUCAGUACCAAUUUUUUGGCUCCAAUCACAGCGGGAAUUCAACUUCAACAAACAAAACCGGAUUGUAACCAAAAUGUGGCUCAAUUGCAACAUUCCCAAAGCAGCGAGAAAAUUGAAUCCACUGCUCAGAAAGAAAACUAUCUUGUUGAAAUUCAAAAGAGUGUUCCAUAUUACCUCGGCAAAUACGAAUAUGGAGCAAGUGCUGUUGAAAAUUUAGAAGGGACUGCAGUUGAAAACAUUGAAUUGGGUAAAACGCUCUUAGCAUUACCCGGGCAGAAUUCACACCAAAAACAACAACAACAACUUCCCGAACUGUCAAUUAAAGAAAACUUUGUUGAUGUUGAUCAACAACAAGCGCAAGGCAACCAACUGCAGAAAGUUGCAACGCCUGAUGUACCACUUAAAGUUGUAGAAAAACCGGUUCAAGUUACAAGAUUUGUUCCUGUUGAAAUAAGAGUACCAAUUGAGAAACAUAUUCCAGUGCCAGUGACUGUUGAAAAAAUUGUUGAAAAGCCGGUAAAAGUGACUGAAAUAGUUGAAAAACGGGUUCAUGUACCCCAACCUGUCCCUGUUGAAGUGACAAGAUAUAUAGACCGACCGUACCCUGUGCAAGUACCAGUGGCCACACCAGUACCAUAUCCAGUUGAGCGAGUGGUUGAAAAGAUUGUAAAACAGCCGUAUCCAGUGGAAGUGCGAGUACCUGUUGAAGUAAAAGUUCCAGUUCCUGUCGAAAAGAAAGUUCCAGUACCACAAUUUAUCGAAAAACAAGUACCACACUUUAUAGACAGACCAUAUCCUGUACCAGUUGCGCAAAUUUAUACUUUGCAGUUUUCUAAAGCUUUGCCAAUUGUUAAUCAGCAACGACCACAACCGUCUCAAAAAAUUUCUGUGACUGUUAGAAAUCGCCAACAAAUGAAACAGAAUCAGUUUUUGCAAAGUGGUGCAGAAUUGACUCAACCUUUGCUCUUGCAAGUACCAAACAACGGUUACUUGCCUCCUUCGCAUAACUGCGACCAACACGGCAGUUACAGUGGCAAAAAUUUGUAUUACACGAUACAACCCGAUGAUUACAUUGGCCUUUUGCCACCAAGAUUGCACGAUGAUGGCCCUACAAAGUUCAGAAAUCCGCGAUCUAAUUUCAACUCAAAUUUGAGAUUGGAGUAUGGAUUUAUGCCGCCGCUAAGACCUUCGCAAGAAAUCGACGAACACGGAAAUCCAAUUACUAGAGAGAAGCCGUAAUGAAAAAAUAUUUUUCAUUAGUGAUAUUUUUAAAUGUAUAAAGGCAUUUUAAAAUUAAGUUACUUCAUAUUAGGGGAGGUUUUAUUGAACAGGUUUUGCUUUUGGUUACCUACUGUAUUUAGGACGUUCCUCAGGGUUCUCCAUAGCUGCUACAUUACCAUCUUGUUUAACGAUUAUCAUGUGUCAUGUCAUCUGCCAUUUUUAUUUUUAAGUUUCAUUUUAAUCUAUUGUAUUUAUUUAUGUCAAUAUUUAAUUCCUAGUUAAUUUAACUUUCAAACUCAUAAAAAUAACUCUUGUGAAUAGUGUAUGCUGUGUAUGUAUAUAAAUAAACAAAGAUACGAAAAUUGA